CUGGUCUCUGUCCCGGUGACUGUCCCGGUGUCUGUCCCGGUCUCUGUCCCGGUCCUCUGCGGGAACAGGAGUGUGAGUGACGGCUCUGAAGUUCUCAGACAGACCGGACCAUCCUCGGUUCUCAGUCCGGGUUGUUGUCUCUCGUGGUCCCGGACAGAGAAGCGGCUUGUCCCGCAGAGCUGGUCCCACAGACCGGGUUCGAACGAUGAAGAUCCGGGGACUGGUUCUCCUCGGUCUCUGUCUGACCCUCAACACAUGCCGGGCCUUCCCCAACCAGCUGCCCGCCCUGAGCCCCGCGCCGCCCGGCCUGCCCUCCCUGAGCGACCCGCUGCUGGAGCACGAGCAGCGGGACAAGGGGCCGCCGGGCUGCGGCCCCUGUGAGCCGGACCUGUGCCCGGAGACCCGCGGCUGCAGGGCCGGGCUGGUCCUGGGCUCCUGCGGCUGCUGUCAGGAGUGCGGGAACCUGGAGGGACAAGACUGCGACCAGGGGAACCGGAGCGUGUUCUCCGGGCUGUGCGGGACCGGGCUGCGGUGUCAGGGAGGAGGAGGAGUGGGGGAGGAGGAAGAGGAACAGGUGUGUGUGUGUGAACAGCUGGAGGUUGUGUGUGGUUCUGAUGGAAGAACAUACAUGAACACGUGUCAGUUCAGAGAGGAAGUGUUCUCCAGACCAGAGCUCACCGCCCGAGGGGGGGGCCCCUGCAAGACAGUUCCCGUCAUUAAGGUUCCUCCUCGGAGUCAGGUGGACGGGACAGGAAGUAGCCUGGUGUUCCUGUGCGAGGUGUUUGCAUUUCCGAUGGCGCUGGUGGAGUGGAGGAAGGAGGGGCGAGAUGUGGUCCUGCCCGGUGACGACCCACACAUCUCUGUCCAGUCUCGGGGCGGUCCUCUGAAAUUCGAGCUCUCCAGUUGGUUGCAGAUUGAGCGGGCGGAGCCUGGAGACUCUGGGACCUACCAUUGCAUUGCCCGAAACCACCUGGGAUCUGUCUCCGCCUCCGCUGUACUGGGAGUACUGGGAACAGAGGAGCUGUCGUCCUAUCUUGCCAACAGCGUCUCAGAGAUGAAGCAGCUGAUGGACGCCACAGACUAUGACCAGGACUCCUAUUGAUCCACAUGAGACUUCCUGUCAUGUGUCGUCCAUCACAGACUGUGGCAUCUCUGAAAUAGGACAGAUUCUGCUUCAGGUCACUUGAUGAUGAUGAAUGAAUAUAUAUAUAUAUAUAUAAGUAUAUUUCUUAUAAUGAUAAUGUCUGUAUCAGUUUCUCUUCACUCUGAAUGUGACAGGGAGGAUUCUCUAUUGGUUUUUCCUGUGUAACUUUUAUUCUUAUAUUUAUUUGAGCUGAUGUUUAUGUAUUUUCUCUGAAGUAUCUUAAGGAUUUUUAAUUGUAUCUGAAGUUCAAACUGAAAUGUUCUUUGAACGACGGGAACACUUCUCUCUCUCUCCUCACGUCAGACCCACAUCUUUCUUUCAUUGCUCAUUUAGUGACCAUUGGUUGCACACUGGUUUUCACAAUGCAUUGUGGGAUAUGGAGUCCACUGUGUGAGGUAUAAUUACUGUCAGUAAAGGCACUGUACAGUGAUUAUGUCUGGAUCUUUUCAAAGAGAUUAAAACUUUAUUGUCUGAAGGAAACGUGUGGCACACUCGUCUACUGAAGAUUUAAAUGAUGUUGGGUGAGACCCAGCAGGCUAAUGUUAGCAUGUUAGCACGGACCCACCGUCUCUCUGAUUGCGUUUAAAGAAUAUAAAAGAUCUUCAGGAGCUGCUCAGAAAGACGCUUCCUGCUGCUCGACCACAGGAAGUGACAGAGCAGCAGAAACCAGAUCCUCUGUCUGUUUCCACUCAGAGGAAACUGAAGCCACAUGUGGGGAAUCCAUUAACUCAGUCGGUAACCACAGCAACGGAGGGUUCUGUUUAAUAUUCUGUACUUGACUGUAGAUCUAAAGUCUGUCUCUGGAGCCACUGUCUGUUGUAAACAUGGAAUGAAACAUGAAUAUAAACCGAGAAGAAGAAGAAGAAACACAAACAUGAAGACGCUCAGACUGUCUCCUCCAGGCCGCCAGGGGGCGACAGAGCAGCUCAGACAGCGGAUCCAUCCUGUGUUGACAUGUAGCUGAGUUAGCAUUAGCUUGUGCUGUGCGGUAAGAUGAACGAUAAUUAAAUCGAAUUCAACUAAAGUUGACUGUGUGAACAGGGUCAGAGGUCAAAGGUGAGCUGGUGCAGUCUUCAUCAUGGUGAAGCAGCAGCGGAGGACAGACAGGUGUUUUCUUCCUGCAGCAGGAAACAGUGUGGCGCAGGUUCGAUUCCAUGUUGGUCCCAUACAGAGGAGACCGCCAUCGUUGUUGCACCAGGGUUCAGGCAGGCAGUGGGCGUGCUCAGGGACAGGAAGUGCUGACAGCUGGCAGCACUGCAGCAGCUCCACCACCACAGAAGAAGAGAGAGGAAAUACACAUGGAGACCUGGGACCUGGUGGAGGUUCAGGAGAGACAAAGAGGGCGAGACUGCAUGGAGACGCAGAGUUGUCUGCUCUGGUCCCUACGUCAUGUGAUCAACCAGCCAAUGAGAGCAGCUUGACACGAGGUGAG